CGGUAAAGAUUUCGGAUAUAAAAUCCAUUGCGGGAAGUUUAGAGCGCUGUUCGUUUAGGAAGACGCGCCCACUGUGCGUAAAAAGGCAGGAACAGGCAGGACGCAGCCCCACGCAGCGCAACGCGUCCUCUGCUGUUCACCUGAGACAGCGCAGCCUACAGACAGACGGACAGGUACACCGAGAAAACAGAGCCGGAAGAACGAGCAGGUCGACUUGUCCUGAUAGUACAUUCUUCAAUAGUAACUCCAGAAGUUUCCUAGAUUUCAUAUCUGCCCUUUGCUUUUUUUUGCUUUUUUUUUUUAAAAACGCGAUUUAUUUAUGAGAGUGAAGCGGCGUUGGAGAAAACAUGACAGAGCAAGGAAAGAAGUUGAUUCUGAUCGUGGUGGAUGUUCUUUGUGUCGUUGUUGCGGCUCUGCCCUCAGCCAUCCUGACACUGAUGUUUAGUCCGUACCAAAGAGGAAUCUACUGCGAUGAUAAGAGCAUUAGCUAUCCCUACAGGAAAGACACCAUCUCCCAUGGAGCAAUGGCUGCCUUCACCAUCACCUGCUCCAUUGUCAUUAUUACCACGGGAGAAGCCUACCUUGUCCACACAAAGCGUCUGCACUCCAACUCCCAGUUCAACCAGUACUUGUCAGCUCUUUACAAGGUGGUUGGCACCUUCCUGUUCGGAGCAGCCGUCAGCCAAUCACUGACAGACCUGGCUAAGUUCACUAUAGGUCGUCCUCGUCCAAACUUCUUGGCUGUGUGCGCCCCGGUCAGCUGUAACGGAUACUUGCUGCAGAUCAACUGUACCGGCCACCAUCGCAAUGUUACUGAAUCCAGGUUGUCGUUCUACUCCGGCCACUCGUCCUUCGGGAUGUACUGCAUGCUCUUUUUGUCGCUCUACGUCCAGGCCCGAAUGCAGGGGAAGUGGACACGACUGGUUCGACCGACCAUCCAGUUCUUCCUGGUGGCAUUUUCGUUUUACGUAGGAUACACGCGCGUGUCUGACUACAAACAUCACUGGAGUGACGUACUGGUGGGACUGCUGCAGGGAGCACUCAUCGCUAUACUCACUGUCCGAUACGUGUCCGACUUCUUCAAGCAGCGCCCCCCGCUCUGCACACACCCGGACACAGCAGAGAUCGAACACCUGGAACGCAAACCGAGCCCGCAGCCUCCUGACUCGCAGCACAGAAACCACUACAACUACUCUGGACCUGUAUGAGCUCUUCAAAGCAGCAGCUGCUCUUGCUAACUUGGGCCUACACACUCUCUUAACAUCAGCUCAGCUACCAAAGGACCUGUGACUUGUACGGAAAAACAUCACAAUUCAUUAACCACUAACUACAAAUUCAGACUAGACCUGCUCCGCUCAGCAAACGACUUCAAAACUAUUUUACAGCAAUGAAAACUCAGAUUCCCCAAACCUGUUGGAACAGAAGCUCCACAGUCUGUGUCUUUUAGUUGAGUGUGUGUGUGUGUGUGUGUGUGUGUGUGUUGCAAAAUAAUGUGUGAUUGUUUUUGUGUACAUGUGAACCGAGUUGUUCUGUUCGAAAGUGUGCAAUGAUGUAUGUUUUUGAGCUGCUUUUAUGAGACAAAUGUUUUAGAUUUGUGGUGGAGAAUUUAAGCCGAGUUAAACCAAAAAAGCAAAGACUGCUAAAGAGAUCUUUUAAAUUUCAAAAACCACGGCAAUUUUUUUUUAUCUUUGUCCUUGAAAAGAGUGACACAACCUUGGAGGCUGAAUGUUUCCUACUUUGUUGCUUACUGCAGUCGGAUAAGACUUUUAUUUUACUUUACACUGGAGCUCGAUUAUAUCUGCCUGUUCCUGCAACUUUAGUCAUUUGUUAGUCGUCCUCUGCAGAUGUCUGUAUUUUCGUGUCUUUAGAAGAUAUGCAUGUGAAAUGAUGGACUGCUUUAACAAUAUACAUGAUUUUGUAAAGUGCUAACAUUUUUAUUCUAUUUUAUUAUUUUUAUUAUGUUUAUAACUACUGUAUCUAAUAAAAAGUGUAGCUUUUUAAGAAUGCAUUACCACUACUUUGCUGUGACGUUACAGUGCAACUUUUUGAGCUGGCAACAUUCUUUGUUUUUUUAUAUACACAAACUUCACCUAAAUGAAAAGGAUGGACAAAGACAAAUGGAGACAUAUAAUCAUUCUAUUAACCAACCUUUUUUUUUUUUUUUUUUUUUUUUUUUUUUUUUUUUUUAAGUUUUCUUGAAAUGCAAGUGCUUGUAAAACCACAAUGUCUCCAAGUCUGAUGCAAACUGAACAUCUUCUUUUCCUUUUUAUAACGUGUAACCUAUUGUGAAACUGCACAUAAUGUAUUCAAUUCUUUCUUUCAGUCUGUUUUGUGUAGUUUUCUCCAUAAAUAUUAGCCAGCA